UGUCACUGCUCUGGUUGGUCUCUCUCAAUUGUCGGUGAGGCCGGCGGGCGGAUCCCACAUAAUAUAGAAAUAAGAAGCUAAAGUAACUUCGCACAAGCCUAGGAUUUUUUUUUAUUUCUUAAACGAAUACUCUGAUCCUUUGUGGACUCAUAGAGCCGAAAAGAUAUUUCUCCGCCUCAUCCCUGUUCUCUCCACGCUCCCCCGUGUCCACAGAUGCCCUCAGCGAUGAUUGGCAACAGGACCGUUCAGUCCUCAAGCCCAGACGUGGGGUCCGCUCCUGUCCAGUUCACCAUCGCAGGCCAGUCCUCCGGAGCCCAGACCGAGGCCAUGAAGCAAGUGUUGGGUGUCAUCGACAAGAAAGUCCGAAACAUGGAAAAGAAAAAGGGCAAGCUGGAUGACUACCAGGCUAAGAAAAACAGAGGAGAACGCCUCAAUCAGGACCAGCUGGAAGCCUUGGCCAAGUUCCAGGAAGUGACCAAUAACCUGGAGUUUGCUCGGGAGUUGCAGAAGAGCUUCCUCGCGUUGGGCCAGGACAUCCAGAAGGCGGUGAAGAAGGCCGCGCGGCGGGAGCUCCUGCAGCGGGAGGAGGCGGAGCAGAAGAGGCUGAAGACCGUGCUGGAGCUGCAGUUCCUAUUGGACAAGCUCGGCGACGACUGCGUCCGGGCGGAGCUCAAGCAGGGGGUUGGCUCCUCCCACCUGCUCACGGACGCAGACCUCGCCGCCCUCGACGAAUUCUACAAGCUGGUGGGACCCGAGAGAGACCAGAGCAUCAGGCUGGCUGACCAGUAUGAAGAGGCCUCUCAGCACUACUUGGAGCUGCUGGAGGGGAAGGACAAGGCCGUGGCUGGAACCACUUAUAAAGCCCUUAAAGAGACCCUGGAUAAGCUGCUGUCCAGCGGCUACUUCGACAGAGCUCACUCUGACGGAGCGCACCAGAACGGACUGUGUGAGGAAGAGGAGGAGGAAGAACAGCCAGCAGCAACAGAGUCGCCUGAGGCAGAGGAGCGGCCUGCACAGCCAGAAGCUGAGGCUGCUGAAGAGUACACAGAGCAGAUCGAGGUGGAGUCCACCGAGUUUGUAAACAGACAGUUCAUUCCAGAAGCUUCCUACGGCAGCGAGACGGAACAGAGGGACGAGUGGAGCUCGGAAGCGGAGAUGGUCAGUGCCAUCCAGCAGCAGCAGGCUCCACCCACGCAGUCGGCCCCGCCCCCCGUGGCCCCGGAGCCCCACCCACUGCAUUCGGCGAGCCCUGUGGCCCCUGCCGACCCCGUGGUCAGAAAGCAGGCAGUGCAGGACCUGAUGGCUCAGAUGCAGGGUCCUUACAACUUCAUGCAGGAUUCCAUGCUGGAGUUUGACGGACAGGUGCUGGACCCGGCCAUCGUGUCGGCGCAGCCAAUGAAGGCGGGGCAGGGCAUGGAGCUCCCGCAGAGGGUGUGCCCUCCAGUUCACCCGGAGUCCCGGCUGACGCAGCCCGGUGCCGUGCCGGUCCUGACCGAGACGACGCAGGUCCCCAUGGUCUCCUCCACACCCGAAGCGUUCUCUACAGCAGCCCCCCUUUAUCAGCCCCCCCACGCCACAGACCCCCGGCCGCAGACGGACCCCAUCGACCCCAUUCAGGCCUCCAUGGCGCUGUCGGCAGAGCAGCCCCCCGCCCCCUCGCCCCUGCCCUCCGCAGCGCAGACCCAAGCGUACCAGCCUGUCUCCAAACCCCUCCACAGCGGCGGCAUCAACGUCAACGCCGCGCCCUUCCAGUCCAUGCAGACGGUUUUUAACCUGAACGCCCCGGUCCCCCCCGCGGACGAGACGGACCCCCUGAAGCAGCCGGGGCAGUACCAGGGCGGGUACGCUCAGGGCUUCAGCGCUCAGACGCAGCACGCCGUGGACCCCCCCGAAAUUCAGCCCGACCAGCUGCAGUCUGUUGUUGGUGCCUUCCACAGCCCAGAGCAGUCCCUCCCCGGCGCGGGGGGGCCCCAGGCCCUGUCCCAGCAGGCUCAGCAGCAGGGCGCGGCGUUCGGCCGGCCGGGACAGUCCUUCUACAGCAACAGGGCCAUGACCCGAGGGAGCCCCCGAAACUCCCGCGGCGUCCUCAACGGCUACCGGGGCCCCGCCAACGGGUUCAGAGGCGGAUAUGACUGCUACCGGCCUCCCUUCUCCAACACGCCCAGCAGCACAUACGGCCAGCCCCAGUUCAGCUCCCCCAGGGACUACCCCAACAACGGCUACCAGAGGGACGGGUACCAGCCCAACUAUAAGCGUGGAUCUGGGCCGGGUCAGGGCCCUCGAGGUUGCUCUCGAGGUCGAGGGGGCCCAUUCAGGCCCAGCAGGGGGAUGUCCCAUAUGACAGCACAGCAGGCCAACUAACCCCCAAAAUCUCCUUAACCCUCCCCCCCUUUGCCUUCUACUUCCCACCCCUUGCACCCAAGAACUCCCCCCACCACCUAAAGCCUAUCCAGUAUUGGCCUCUGUACUGAAGCCCUGAUAGUUCUCCUUAUUCCAAUGUGUAGGGGCACUCUAAAUUCCCCCGCCCCCCCCCCCUAAAAAAAGGACAUGGUGAACUGCAUGAAGGGGGGCAAAAGCUUGAAGUCUGUGAAGCCAUAACCCCCCCCACCCCAGGUGUCUGUUUUUUCCAGCCCAAAGCUUUCCCAUCAUCCUUUGCUGUUUGUAGCCUUAAAGAACACCGACCUGGCAGCGGGUGACUCCUGUGCCUUUGCUAAUGGCCGAAGCGCGGCGCGAUGCUAGCUAACGUCAGCUAUACCGGGAGGAGGUUUGAGCACCGUCUCGCCCGUGGCCAAUCCAAGCGCGUGAUCCUGGCCCCGCCUCUCCCUUGGAACCCUCUGCCGCUUGGCGACGCACUGGAGGACGCCAUCGUGGACCACUGUCCCCAAACUGGACUUAUUUACAGUGGACAGACGUUGGAACGAGGGAGUCUGAACCGUAGAACUGUUCACUGUGUCUGUGCUUCUGUGGUGAAGCGGAAAGUGUGGUUUAAUACGUGACUCGAAGGCGGAUAGUGUGGUUUAAUGCCUGACUCGAACGCGGAAAGUGUGGUUUAAUGCCUGACUCGAACCCGGAAAUUGUGGUUUAAUGCCUAACUCAGACUGCUUUCUGAAAGCGCUUGUGGCUCGGAGACAGCACAAGACUGGAAUCUGAGCAUUCCUAAGGGAAAUGAAUCUCCACAAAUAUUCCUUUAUUGAGGGGGG